UAGUAAGCCAACAUGGGGGAAGAACUGUGUUUAAGAGGAGAAUUGAUAUACAGAUUAUUUGCAUCAUGGAAACAUCAAACGCACAGAAAGUCGUCUAUCUACUUGGUCCUACACAUUUGAUCUUUCUAUAGCAGCCUGCACUCUUCCUUUUCCUAUGCUUUCUUUGAGUUUUCAUCCUCAAAAUUCAUCUUUAUAUAUACUGAGAUGAAAAAGACUUACAUGGUGUACAAGUUGUAGGUACACUGAAUAUAUUGGAGGUGCAAGGAUAUACACGAAAUGUAAUGGGAAAUUCAGAAAUACGAUUAAGAUGAAGGGGAAAAGAUUUUACAGGAAUCUGAGGGGUAACCUUUUCACACAUGGGGUGGUGGGUGUAUGGAACAAGCUGCCAGAGAAGGUAGUUGAGGCAGGGACUAUCCCAACAUUUAAGAAACAGUUGGACAUGUACAUUGAUAAGACAGGUUUGGAGGGAUAUGGACCAAAUGCAGGCAGGGUGGACUAGUGUAUCUGGGACAUGUUGGGCGGUGUGGGCAAGUUAGGCCGAAGGGCCUGCUUCCAUACUGUAUCACUCUUUAAUUGUAAAUCUACACUUCUGGAAUUAUCUUCCCACUAUGAGACCAAGAAUGUGGAUAAAGCACAAAGUUCAAUGGACAGCACAUGCACUUGACACCAACUGUUUAAUCCAUUAGCAGGUGAUCAGACUCUCUGAAGCUAAUGUAAUCCUAAAGGGAUGGACGGCACCUAACUGAAUACGCUGGCAUUUACAUCUACUCUUUUCCUUCAUCCUUUAGCUUCCCCUUAAGUGUAUCAAAGUGUUUUAUAUUGGAUAUAUAUCUGCUAGCAGAAAAAGCAGAUAAACAACUUACAGCAUGAGAUAAAUUGACACCACCUGCAAGUACUACAUUCCUACAAAGCUGGCCGACAGCUCUCUAAAAUGGAUGGCGGCAGAUACAUUGGGUUUACUUUUGAGACACUAUAGGAGGGUUUAGUAAAUAAUGAUGUAAUUUAGUUCUCACCUGCUUCAUACAAAACCAACAAGAAUAUUUAUAUGAACCUUGUGCUAACUUCAAAAGGGGUUAAAGUGGUCAGUUACUGGCUGGCCCUGACCCAUACUCACUCCUAGUUGCAUCUGGCACUAGGAUAUCCAAAAGGGAGAGGCACAGGAGCCUUUUUUUGGACAGACUUUCCUUCCUUAUUGGAAAAGCUUUAGUUUUUGUAACGAGUUACACUUUUGGCUGUAAGUGGGGAAAUUAUUACAAAAGAGAGGAAAUGUCUUCUGUCAAUAUGUGUUCUUUUUAACAUUCAUAAGCGUGAAAGCAGCAAAAAGGCAGCUCCUUAAAUGUCACGGUGGAAAAUGCUUCAUCCUGUUUGUGAUGAAUAACACAGAUCAGUCUCGAUUCCUGGACAACACUGACAGCAUUUGAGCCAGGGUGGCGACAGAAGCUACACACCUCUGUGAGAAGAAAGCUGGCCAGUGUUCAUAUUUUGACAUCGCACCAAAUGACUCCUGCUUGUCUCGUCAGGAUAUGGCGAUGCCACCGAUAUUUGGCCUUGCAUGUGAACGCAGCCACUUGCAUUUAGAACGCACUUUCCACAUCCCUUUCUGGAUCUCUCAAAGCUGUUUGCACCCAAAGAAGUGUAGACAUUGUUGGAAUGUGGAAAUUCAUGGACAGAAAGCUCCCACAAACAGACCUGAUAUAAUGAUAAUCUGUGUUUUAUGAAAAUGCUGGAAACAUUCAGCAAGUCAGGCAGAAAGUUUGUAAUUAGUUUUAUCCUGCAUGUCCACACUCUGCCCUUACAUAAAGUUUUUAACAUGAUAAAGUAGCCUCUGGUUCUUCACAGGAGUGUCAUCACAAAAAAUCUUUGGCCCGAGAUGAGAAUAUUAAGACAGCCGACUGAAAGGAUGGCCAAGUAUCAGAAUUUACAAAAAGAGAAAAAGAAGCAGUGAGACAGGGUGGUCCCUGAAGGAAUUGCAGAGAUAAACACUAAAGACAUUGCCAUCCGAGGAAUAAGGGCCAAACACAAGCAAAUGGGACUAGGUCAGGUUGGUACCUCGUUCGGCAUGGAUGAGUUGGGCUGAAGGGCCUGAUUCUGUGCUGUAUAACUGCACACUCUAUGACUCCAUGGCUGUAAUGGUGAAAUGUUUGAUGUGAGGAUGCCCAAGAGGUCAUUCUGGAGAUCUCCAGCAAUCUCACAAGACUGUAGUAGAUGGUUUGGGACUGUCUUGUGGUUGCAGCUCCUAGACUGUGGAACAGCAUCCCCCUUCCAUUCAGAACUGCCCCCUCCAUCGACUCCUUUAAGUCAAGACUAAAAACUUAUCUAUACUCCCAAGCCUUUCCUGACGUCCACUGAGCGAGGGUUAUAUGUAUAUAUGUAUGUAGUUUGUUUGUUUAUACUAUUCUUAUAACAAAUGUAAAGCAGUUUGGCCAACAAGAGUUGUUAUUUAAAUGUGCUAUAUAAAUAAAUGUGACUUGACUUGACUUGUCUGGGAAGGAAAUAUUAUUGGACUGGAAGCCUGCUUCAGUGUGAGCUUCAGCAUUACUGAUUGAAACAACCUAGUUCAGCCUGAGACACUGGCAAGAAAGGGGAAUGGAAUUGAACAUAGGGGCCAAAGGCAAUAACUUCUCAAUAUUUAACUAGCAGAAACUUUAGCUCAUCAAAUGGCUUGACCUUACUAGGGCAAUGAAUGAUGGUGAGAUAUACUAGAAACAGGAAUGGAACCUGAGACAUCUUCAGACCAAAGAACGGAAUGAGCAUGUGAAAUAAGGAGCCAUGGUCACUCCCUGGCCAUUCUCUUGUUAUGACCAGAUAUGUGUGAAGUAAGUGGAAGCAACUGAGACCAUUAAACAUAGAAAAGGCUUUGAAGGAGAAUGGCACAACCAACAUGUUAAAGGCUGCAAGUUGUGUGAAAAAGAUAAGGAAGGCUAGUGCACAGUGGUCACUUCAAAUGUUAAUAAGGCUGAACUUGUGAAACAAGAUCUUUUGGUAUCCUGGUCAAUUGUGGCAUCUCUCCCAUAACCACAACUAACAUUUUUGGAAAGCAAAUUCCACCGACAAUUUAAAUAAUUGAGACAAUACACCAAGGAUGGGCAAAUCUGUAAUACAAGAACUGAUGGGAAUCCUCUUUGAAGGUAGGAGACAGAUAAAAUCUUUGAUGUCUGUCCAUAAACAUUUGGCCAUUCAAAAUAGAGUUCCGUCUAUUUUAUUCUAAUUAGUUCUUGCCAUGGGGAAAUUUUCCGGAAAAAGACAGGAAACUGUGAAUGUGGAUAUAAGGCCAUCUGUUACAAUGAAACUGCAGUGUUCUUUUCCAGAGCAGUUAAACAGACAGAACUAAGUUUUGUUAAUACAACCUUCAAGUGAACAUUCACAAAACCAAAGAAUCAACUGCGGUGAUCUGGAUCGGGAUCUGAUACAACAAAAUGACAAUGAAGGUCAUCCAACGAACCCCACAAAUACUGAGAAGUGGAAGUCGAAUGCAGUUCGUCACCAUUGUUAUACUUGAACUAUUGCUUCUGGAAGGCAUCUAUGGCUGGACCUAUCAUUAUAAUUCCGAAGAGAUGUCUUGGCAAAAUGCAAGGAGAUUUUGUCAAAGAAAAUACACUGACAUGGUUGCAAUCCAGAAUGCAGAAGAAAUCGAAUAUUUGAAGGAUGCUUUACCUUUUGCAAGACAUUACUACUGGAUUGGAAUCAGAAAGAUUAAUAAUACUUGGAUCUGGGUUGGCACUGGAAAACCACUCAACAAAGAAGCAGAGAACUGGGCUAAAGAUGAACCGAAUAACGAAGGAAACUCUAUGAAUGAAGAUUGUGUAGAAAUGUAUAUAAAGAGGGCACUUGAUGCAGGGAAAUGGAAUGAUAUUGGUUGUAACAAAAAGAAAAACCCUUUGUGUUACAAAGCUUCAUGCAGUUUCGAGUCCUGCAGUUAUAAUGGAGAAUGCAUAGAAACCAUUGGAAAUUACACAUGUCUCUGCAAUGAUGGAUUCAAUGGACCAGAGUGUGAACAUGUUGAACAAUGUUCUAUCCUCAAUGCUCCUGACAACGGGACAAUGCUUUGCAACCAUCCCAAUGGAAAUUUCAGUUACGAUUCCACAUGCGAGGUUCACUGCGCACCAGGGUUCACCCUACAAGGAUCACAAAGCCUCAAAUGCAAGGCAUCAGCCGAGUGGACAACGGAGCUGCCCAGCUGCAAAGCUAUACAAUGUUCACCUCUGGAGGAUCAGGAACAGAUGAUCAUGACCUGCUCAGAACCACUGGAACCAUUCAGUUACAACUCAAUGUGCAAAUUCAGCUGUGCCGAAGGUUUUGAACUCCAAGGAUCAGAGCAGCUGGAGUGUGGAGCAACUGGUCAGUGGUCUGCAGCAGCCCCUCACUGUGAAGCUGUACAUUGUGCAACUCUGGAGGAUCAGGAACAGAUGAUCAUGACCUGCUCAGAACCGUUUGCAUCAUUCAGUUACAACUCAACGUGCAAAUUCAGCUGUGCCGAGGGUUUUGAACUCAAAGGAUCAGAGCAGCUGGAGUGUGGAGCAACUGGUCAGUGGUCUGCAGCGACCCCUCACUGUGAAGUGGUGCAAUGUGAAAAUCUGGAGAAACAAGACCAGGUGAUUAUGACCUGCUCAGAAAAGUUCAGGUACAGCUCAACAUGCAGCUUCAGCUGCCAAGAUGGAUUUGCAUUGAGUGGAGAGAGCAGGAUCGAGUGUGCUGCUACUGGUCAGUGGACAGCGCCAGUGCCAACCUGCCAAGAUAUACAAUGUGCAACUCUGGAGGAUCAGGAACAGAUGACCAUGACCUGCUCAGAAUCAUCUGCACCAUUCAGUUACAACUCAACGUGCAAAUUCAACUGUGUCGAGGGUUUUGAACUCCAAGGGUCAGAGCAGCUGGAGUGUGGAGCAACUGGUCAGUGGUCUGCAGCGGCCCCUCACUGUGAAGCUAUACAAUGUGCAACUCUGGAGGAUCAGGAAGAGAUGACCAUGACCUGCUCAAAACCAUUUGCACCAUUCAGUUACAACUCAACGUGCAAAUUCAACUGUGUCGAGGGUUUUGAACUCCAAGGGUCAGAGCAGCUGGAGUGUGGAGCAACUGGUCAGUGGUCUGAAGCGGCCCCUCACUGUGAAGCGGUACAAUGUAAAAAUCUGGAGAAACAAGACCAAGUGAUUAUGACCUGCUCAGAAAAGUUCAGGUACAGCUCAACAUGCAGCUUCAGCUGCCAAGAUGGAUUUGCAUUGAGUGGAGAGAGCAGGAUCGAGUGUGCUGCUACUGGUCAGUGGACAGCGCCAGUGCCAACCUGCCAAGCUAUACAAUGUGCAACUCUGGAGGAUCAGGAACAGAUGACCAUGACCUGCUCAGAAUCAUCUGCACCAUUCAGUUACAACUCAACGUGCAAAUUCAACUGUGUCGAGGGUUUUGAACUCCAAGGGUCAGAGCAGCUGGAGUGUGGAGCAACUGGUCAGUGGUCUGCAGCGGCCCCUCACUGUGAAGCGGUACAAUGUGAAAAUCUGGAGAAACAAGACCAGGUGAUUAUGACCUGCUCAGAAAAGUUCAGGUACAGCUCAACAUGCAGCUUCAGCUGCCAAGAUGGAUUUGCAUUGAGUGGAGUGAGCAGGAUCGAGUGUGCAGCUACUGGUCAGUGGACAGCGCCAGUGCCAACCUGCCAAGCUGUGAAAUGUGGUGCACUUAAGAUUCCUGAAAAUGGGAAGAUUCAUUGUUCCCAUCCAAUGGACAACUUACGUUACCGCUCAGUUUGCAAUUUUAGCUGCUUGUUGAACUACUCGUUGAAUGGAUCAGUGAGCCUAGAAUGUGACAGUUCUGGGCAAUGGUCCUCGCCAAUCCCAACCUGUGAAGAUUCCAAUCCACAAGCAAUUCAUGAAAAUUCCACACCAAUAAUAAUUUCAUCUGCUGUGGCAUCUGGUAUCUCGGUCUUGACGUUGAUUGCCUGGAUAGUGAGGCAACUCAGAAAGAAGGCGCAAGGAAAAAAGUUCUCACUCUUGAGCAAAGAAACACAGAAAGCAUCAGGUACUUACAAGUUGAAUGAAGAAGUGUAGUGACAAAAUUACUCAGGCUUUUCAUACUUUCGUUGAAAGAAUGACCAGAAAUGAAAGGAUUGAGAAAAUAUUUUCUGAUAUCACUGGAAUUGCAUCUUCAACAAUUGCAAUUAGUCGGUACAACAUUAUGAAUGAAUGGAUUUCCUUUGUCGGAGAGCUCAACACCACAUCUUUAAUCUUCGUUCAAAUUCAUCCUUCAUUUUUCUGAAUGUCAAAUAACAUGGGUGAAACAGCAGAGCUUCCUGUACAAUCCAUCAUUCAUAGAUCCAUAGACUUGUGUUACAUGAUCAUCUUCAUGGAAUUAAGCACCAGGACAAUGUUUAUGGGUGUUGCUUUCGCAAAUAAAAUAGCCGGAAUUGAGAUGAACACUGGGCAGUCUGAUAAUGCCAGACCUCCAUAUAACGGAGACACAAGCAACUAUUUGUCAGAUCACUGGAUGGAUAUGCUGCCAAAUUUGAUUCAGCAUAACCUUGCAUUGUAUGCUGUGUUGAUACAUACAGCUACAGUGUUAACUAUAUAUGUUUACAUUACGAUUCAUCUCCAUGGUGGAGCACGAAAGACAAAGCCACCAAAGGUGGAGGUAACUAAUUACUUGUGAUAAUGGAAUUAGGCAAGUUUAUUUAAUACAUUUUUUAAGUUAAAGCUGCCUUUAGAACCUCUUGUGACUUCACGUUUAGGUUCCCCUAUAUCACACACCAUGUUCUACGAGUGUAAGAAGACAGCCUAUAUCUAGGCCUGCUUAAAAGCAAUGAUGUCUACUUAGAAUAAUGUCCUCACUUACUCCCUGACUCCCAGCCCUUGCCCACUUUUUCUCCCCUCCUGGCAAUCCCAAUAUUUUUAAAUUGUGAAUGAGUUAAUGGCUGACAAUCUGAAUGGCAUGAUCAAGGAUAUAUAUACCCAUGGCAUCGGAUAUUCAGUUUUGCAAUGUUUACCUUCAACAGAAUCUAAAGUAAUUAUGUUUCCACUAAUCAUGUACAACCUCAGUUAAUGAAAAUAUUAAAUUUACUAGUAAUAAAGGUAGCAAAGUACAAAACAAACGGAAAGGCAAGGCAUGUAAAAUUCCUUAAUGACAACAGAAUUAACAAAAAUAAUUUUGUUGAGUCCUCUCAGGAAGUUCUGAACCUGCAGAAGGCCAUUGAAUAAGUUGCUACAUUCCACGGUGUUGACUGUCUCUGUACAUAUUGAUGUAUAAAUGUGUGUGCAAUUAAUAUUUAUUACUAAAGUAUUUAAUUCCUCCCUAUGGGAUAUGUUUAAUUAUUACCUGAAAUGUGAUAGAUGUAUCGAAUUGUUUAAUUGGGUUUACUGCACUGACAGUGUACAUCACUUUGUGAGCUUCUGUUAUCCAUGUAGCUCUGUAUUUCUGUAAUGAUAUGAUGUUGUCUUGUUAACCUGCAACCAAUUCUCAUUUCCAAAUUCAUGAGUUCAUUAAAUGCACCUUUUUAUUGGUGAGAUGAUACGUUUUGUAUCAUAUGUUCCUGAUCCUUUAAUUUGCAAAGAAAGAAUGAAGUUGUGAUCAUCUUCAUAGCUAUCCGUAUUGAACUAAUUGAAUGAUAACAACAUUUAUUUUAUCUUUUAAAGCUUCAUUUAGCCCAUGCAGUCUGAUAACAUGAUAACUGACAAAAAUAUUAAAUAUGUUAUUUGCAUAUCUGUCACUGAUUAGUUCAUACCUUUCCUGAUCGACAUAAUUUAUGAAUAUAAUUCUAAUAAAAUACAUAUGCUGGGCAUAAAUACUUUUGUUGUGAA